UCGAAUACUUGAAGCCGCAUUCCCAUUUGAAAUAUCAAAUACAAUUUCUUCAUAGAAACAUAUAUUUUUGGGGACAACUCGAUUACAAAGACACGAUUUUACUUGCACAAUUUAAUUCUCCUCUCUUAUAGAGUGAUCAAGUGUCAAAUAAUUUUGCGCAAAAUCAUAACGUCUGGAAAAUAUAAUAGCCAAAUUUCCAUCAGCUUCAUACAUUGAGGCUUCGAAACUCAUUUCGAGUAAUCAAAAUGACCACAAUCAGCUUGUUUAUCAUUCUUACAUCGCUGAUUUUCAAGCUUGUCCCCGGAACUAAGUAUGGCUACAACCUGAAAGACCUAGAAUUGAAAGGCGGAACAAUUGUCCACGAAUUCCCACCAAAUCAGCCUCCAGACCCUGACUUCGAUGCUUUAGCAUCAAGAUGUUACGAGUUAUCCUACAUUCCCAUGAAUGACAAAACCCCUCUCGUUGACAGACAGCCGAACGUAUUUCACAUCUCCUUGCUCAAGAAUACGACGGACGAAUGCACCAAAAUAUACCUGGACAAACUUCAAUUUGCAGUUUUAGCAGGGAAGAUGACACUGGCGGAGGAUCGCUUCCCGGUCGGAAGCUAUGAUUAUGACGACACAAACAAAUCUAGUCGCCACGUCCAAAAUCUUGAUGACACGGUUUUACAGCAAAAGGCUUGCUCUGGGAAUACGCUGUCUCCAAAGAUAAAGUACCACACCUUCCCUUACAAUAUUCCUAAAAUUUCCGUUUUUUAUGCCGCCAUUCCGGGAAACGUCUACCAUUGGGUAAUCUCACUCACAAUUCAUGUCAUUUUACUGAAAACCUGGCCCUGCAUUUCACUGAAAUCAACUCUGCUGCACAGGAUCAACCGAGUCCGCGGAGAAUAAGACUGAAAGCAUUGUCGUCUUCGACACACAUCUUUCAUCUGGAGAAACGGAUCUUAAAGACCGAGAGCCAGAUAAAUAUACCCAGCAAGCUGUAAUCUGUUUCUACUUGGAAUAUCAACCGAACGAUGAUUUGAUCACUCAAUUGCUCCCGGAUGGAGGCGACACACUAAAAUUGGAUUUUGUGGCGGAAAUUAAAACUAGAGUUGACGGCGUGGCUGCGAGAUGGACAAGUUUGACAGAACGGAAUUGGAUGGAAUGGUCCUAUGCAGAACAGGACAAUUGCAAACGAGUAAAAAGAGUGAACGAAAAUGCCAAUGACGAAUACGAACUCCAAGAUCGGCCCACUUAUUAUACGGAUAUGUGUCGUUGUACGAAGAAGAAAUACGCACGUUCAACCGGCUAUGAACCCAGCUUACAAUUAGAUAAACCUCUGCUGCCAAUUCGCGAUUUGCGCAAUUCCUAUUAUCCAUCGGACCCUAUGGAUGACUGUUAUGAGUUGAAAAUGUAUGCUUUUGAAAAGCCCGAUAAAAUAUGGGUGCGGUUGUGGCUGAAAGAAAAAAAUUGUCGGUACACCAAACAAGUGGGCAAUGUCAAAUAUAGGCAGAAACCGGUGUUUGGAAAUUGUGGGGCCAUUACGGCAUUGGAUUCAGUGGGUCUUCCUUUCGGAAAGUGGCUUCCAGAUGGACCAAAAGAUUGUCCUAAUCCGAAUGCUUGUAUAGAUAAUAAUAAAGCCAGAGUUAUACACGACACAACAUAUGGAUCAGAGAUAUGUCAAAAACCACCAGGCUACGAAAAGAUAGAUCCGGUAUAAGUUUGACGCAUAUUUUUUCGAGUUAUGCAUAUUUGAGAAUUUUUGUCCUUGAAAAUUAGAAAAAAUACAUACGGUCCGAAAACCAUGACUUUUGGAAGCUAGGGUUCACUGACCCGAACAAAGAGUGCUUCACGAUGCGACGGAAUAUCGUGGAUCUUGAAGUUUAAAGCGAACUACUUGAGAUCGGAAUUUGUCAAAAACUUUCAAUUUCAGUAAAUUCCUUUAAAACAUUGCAUUUGUGAGUUGUUUUAAAUUUCUCGUAAUUUCUCAGUGCCGAGGUACAGAUUAUCAGACACACAGGAAAAGAUAUCAAGGUUCCUUUGUCUUAUCCUCUUGCCUGGUUUUAUCCGGAAGUUGUCGUUAUACGAUCACCCGUCUAUGAAGCGAAGAUUGACCAAGGUAGAGAAACAAUUCGGGAAACACCAAAGGAGAUACAAAAGCCAGAUGUGCAUAUUCACCAACUGUACAAAACUUGGCAAAAUACGGACAAUUGCAGAGGCCUUUUUAAACCUCAACCAACUACGCCAACGACUACAACAACUCCUACAACCACAACUACACCUACAACUACAACUACGCCAACAACCACAACUACACAAACGACUACAACUACACCAAUAAAUACAACUAUUCCAACAACUACUUCAAGAACCACAACUACGCCGACGACUACAACUACGCCAACGACUACAACCACGCCAACAACCACAACGACGCCAGCCACCACAACUACUCCAACAACUACACUGAGUACAACUACUCAUACAAAUACACUAAAACCACCAAUCCUGUUAGAUUUCAUUCUAUGUCGCCAUUUUCGCCCCGAUGUUCCAAUUUACAAUAGGAAGUUAACCUUUGGCAAGGACAUCAAGCUUUUACCCGCUGAUCAAAAGUUCAAAGAUUGCUUCACAUUGAAGGCCUUUCCGACAUCGCUUCCGUACGCGCUGCAUGUCCAAUUUCGUCAACAUGCGAAUACAAAUCCGGCCUGCGCUGACCUUUCUGCGUCAGAAGUCGCCUUUCAAGCCGUCAAUGAGCAAGGAUAUCCGAUCGGUUCGAUGGAAAAGUCGUUCCACGUGUUUGAUGCGGACAAAAAGUUUGUCAAGGAGUAUUGCGAGAAUGAUGACCUACUUCAACCCCCCGACCUCGAUGUGCAAGCAUCAAAAAAUUAUCCAUGCCAUUACAUUCAUGGACAAAGUUUCAAAUAUACUCAACGUGUAAAAUUUUUAUUAAAUAUGUUCUACAAAAUGUUGGAAUUGAUAUUGAAUGCUAAUAAUAUUUUAGGUAACGUUCCCAUCGGAAGUCCCGCAGAUGUUCGGUUUCAAAGUACGGUCGAAAGUUGAGGGUGACAUUUGUCUCAUUUGGAAAUAUCUCCCUGCUCGCCCAGACUUUCCAGUUCCACCACCGAAAACGGUCCAAAUAUAGUGAGGAAUUUGUGACUUUAUGCAAUUUAUUAAGAUGCAGUGUAACGCUCCCUAUUCUAUUAUGGGAUUGCGUGUCCUGAUUCACAUCCACUUUCACGGAUGCCCCUUUUCUUUGCGACGUUGUGCAAUAAAUUCGUAGUGGAAAAUCACUUUUUUAUAAGAAUUAUGAAUAUAUUUAUUUACAUCAAUACCGACUGAAAAAUAUUGACUUUACAGAAAUGCUCGUAUUAUAAAUACGUGGGAGAGCUAAUGCUAUAAUUUAUAUUUUAACUAAUUAUCCAUACGGGAACUUAUUAUUAAGUUUUCGAAAAUCUAAAACCUUGAACUUGAUCUUGAUGAUCACUAAAACUAACCUGCUGAUCCUGAAUCUAAAACUACACUUUGUUCUUCUUCUCUCUGCUUACUCUAUAUAUACGUGAUCACAUAAGCCACGCCUUCUUGAUCACUGCCUUUACUUACGCUACAUAUGCACAAACUACGCCCUCAUGAUCAUGAUGACGUAGGCAUCAUUCUGUGCUCCUCAUUCCUAUCCUCUCUUCCCCUUCAUGAUCUCCUCCUGCACACAAUAUGGUUUGGACACACAUGAGAGGCGAGAUACAUAUGAAAACUACAUCUAUGUAUUUUAAAUCCCUUGACCUUUGAAAUGCUGAUGUCACAUUUGCAUCAGCGUUCCAAUGGUUGCAGCAGUUAAGUAAUUUUUAAUUUCUUGUAUUAAUUCCGGUUAGUGCCGAAGUCUUCAUCGCGCAGCAUAAAGUAGUUUCCGUUCUGGGGUCACAAGUGUACAAUUAUUUGGACCCUUCCGACAAUACCGAGAAUCCUCCGAAGCGCAACUGUCAUGACCCGAAUCCCAAUUCAUGGUUUAAUUUGAACAUGGACGAUCCGAGUAUCGAAGUGGCAGAGUUCGUCACAGAUUGUGCAGAAUCUGAAGAAUGUCCCGUUUUCUUCAAGGAUGGAGAUAGAAAAACUCUUCCACCCGUUGUCCUUGUUACUGGCACCCAGUUCAGACGCAGAUCAACAACUCCGAGUACCGUAUGCGCGAAAAUUUGAAUAAAAAAAUGGCGAGUUAAGAUUGUGAAUCCAAAUUUAGACGCCGCAACCUGAUAUCGAUGCGUAUGAAGGAUGUGCGAUAUCCAAGGCUUGCAUCGCUCCCCCAAAAAAUGAAGACGAACCAGAGCCGGAUGCGAAUCAGUGUUUCCUUCCUGAAAAUCGUAAUUGCGAGAUGUUGGUGACAUUUGGAGACGCUCCGGCCGAAGGUGAAGAUCUAGUUUUGGAGAAGGAGCUAAUCUUGGAAAUGUUCAAACCUUCCGUGGAUAAGUGGUUGGCAAUUGCACUGUCGGAGUCAGACAACAUGGGACCAGCCUACGUUGUCGAAUGCGUAAUUGAGAAGGAUCGAGUGAACCUUUAUCACUCUUUUAAUGUUGAGAAACAGCGCAGAAAUGGAAGAAUGCGAGGAAAUUAUUCUCACAAUGGUGUGGUUAAAUUGUUGCGUUACCAGCGAAGGAAUAUAGGUCUUUACUGCAGAUUUUCCAUCAAGAGACACAUCUUUGUGAGAGAUCCGAAUGUCACCAAGAAGGUUCACAGUUACGACUUGGUCAGAGUACCGUAUUUUCUGCUGUACGCGUGGGGCAACGCUGUGACAGAGGAUGGCAUUACAGGGAAUCUGCUGAAACACACGGAUUUCCGCGCCUCGUCCAAGAAAAUUGCAAUUGGAACACGACUCUCGCCUCUCCCUGAGCAAAAGGCUCUUCUUCGUCUGCAUUCGACGUUCCUGAUAGCAGCCGUCCUAUUUUUUCUGUCGCUUGGCAUGUUUUCUGGCCGAUAUUACAAAGAGACAUGCGUCAAUGUAAAAAUUUUCAUCUUUCCGCUCUGGCUAGUUGUCCAUGCCAUAUCCAUGACCGCUAUGAUAGCGCUCCUCGUAGUUGCCCUCGUCGUAGAAAUUAUCGCCCAUCAGGGUUGGACGGCUGUGACGCCACCGAAUUUUCACUCGUACGUGGGUUGUAUGGCGUAUGACUUAUCAUUUGUCGUAUACGGGAUGGGUUUCUUUGUCAAACCGUCGCAAUACGGAAGCUCCAACAUACCUGCGGCGGUGCACGUUGUGGGUGGAAACCUGGUUUAUUUCUUGUGCUUCGUCCUCAUAAUUUUGGCUGAUCGAGUUUCCUUUUCCGGAUUGGCGUGUCACAUCAAGUGGAUCGUGGGAGCAUGGGGUAUCAUUUACUGCGUAUUCCAAUGCUUCUUCACGUAUCAGUACUGGUGGAUUGACUAUAUUUUGGGUCUAAAGAAAAAACGAGGCAGGUGGUUCUUCCCGAUUCCAGCCAUAUACGCGUCAGAUGAUUCUGGGUCACAAACACGUCUGGGUAACAAUGACGAAAGGGGUUUCAAGCCAAAUCUGGAGCCUGAAAAGGGUCAAGAUCCGGUCGAAGCGCCGGGAAGCAAAAUUCGAUUAGGAGCGUUCGUAGUGAUCUGCAUCUUAGCAGCUAUAUACACAACUGGGAGCAUAUUUUUGGUUCUACGGAACAAGAAUGGACACGGAGAUUGUUUUACGCUUCAUGAAACAUUCGAAUUUUCAAAAAAAUGAAAAGUGUAAAUUGUAUUAUUUAACUCUAACUAUAAGUAGUAUACGUGUGUACGUAGAAAAGGUCAAAUACUUCUACCCUUAUUGGUAAUAAUUUGUUACUAUUAUUAAAAUGAGAAAUUAAACAAGGCUUAAACGGUUUGUGUCGAA